CUUGUCGUUUUCUUAGUCUCAAUCGAAGCGAUCGAGAUCGGAGAUUUGAGGAAAGAAAAAAAAAAACCCAAAUAUUUUUAUUUAUUUUUCUUUUCUAAUAAACGGAAAACUUAGAUCAAACUCCCAAAUCCUCAAUCCAAUUUCUUGUAAAUCCCUAAAAUUUCCCGCAGUUUCUCGGGAAAAAGAAUAAAGAAGAGAUGAAGACACCGAAACGGCCGAUCCAUGCGGUAUCGAUGUGGGUGAGACGACAGCCGCCGAAGGUAAAGGCUUUUUUGGCGGUGGUAUCGGGGAUGGCUGCGCUGGUUCUUCUCCGAUUCAUUGUACACGACCACGACAAUCUCUUCGUCGCUGCCGAGGCUGUCCACUCCCUCGGAAUCUCCGUCCUCAUCUAUAAACUCACCAAAGAGAAGACUUGUGCUGGAUUAUCACUCAAAUCCCAAGAACUAACAGCUAUCUUUUUAGCUGUUAGGCUGUACUGUAGCCUUGUCAUGGAAUACGACAUACACACCCUACUUGAUUUAGCCACGUUGGCUACAACUUUGUGGGUUAUUUAUAUGAUCCGUUUCAAACUGAAGUCCAGCUACAUGGAAGACAAGGACAACUUCGCGAUAUAUUAUGUUGUUGCCCCUUGUGCAAUACUAGCUCUGUGUAUUCACCCAACAACUUCUCAUAAUCUAGUAAACAGGAUUUUCUGGGCAUUCUGCGUUUAUCUGGAAGCUGUUUCUGUUUUACCUCAGUUGCGAGUGAUGCAAAAUACUAAGAUUGUUGAGCCAUUUACAGCUCAUUAUGUAUUUGCCUUGGGUGUUGCAAGGUUCUUCAGCUGUGCUCACUGGGUUCUACAGGUUCUAGACAGCCGAGGACGCCUGCUGGUAGCCUUGGGUUAUGGAUUGUGGCCUUCUAUGGUUCUUAUAUCGGAAAUUGUUCAAACUUUCAUUUUAGCAGACUUCUGUUACUAUUAUAUAAAGAGUGUCUUUGGAGGGCAGCUUGUUCUCCGUCUUCCCUCGGGUGUGGUCUAAGUGAAGAUGCUGUUUUUGCUGCGGUUCACGAGGUGGCUGCCGAAAAAAGCAUAACUUGGUUAAAUAUGUGACUUGUCCUUGUUUAAGUUCUGGUUUUUGCUCUCGACACAUUUCUUGUGACUGCAAAUUAGUGAACUGUUUGUAAUUUUCGGGAUGCGGAAACUUUGGGCAGAUGUUUGUAAGUAAAACAUUUCAUAGAUGGAUUAGUGUUUGAUGUCAAAUGCCUAACCUGCUGCCUAUAUGAAGUUAUUUAUUAUAGAUUAUUCCUACAUGUGGAGG